AUGAUUAAACUACCGAGCAUGGGAAGCGCCCAGCGCUUUUACAGUAGCACUGUCUCGCAGGAUUUUCUCAAAAACGUACUGGAAAGAGUAAAGGAAACAGCAGCCAGAAAGCCUGCCUCACUUCAACCCAGACCCAGAUCCAAGGGCCCUAGACGCUACAGAGGUGAGCUUGAAGCCAAGGGUAAUGCGAAAAACGGUCCCAGAAGAAAUGGGACUGGAAGACAAGGCCCCGUCACCAAUGACAGUACCGUGGCAACCUCUACAGGAUCGAACAGUACGGGGUUCAAUGCCAACAAACAACGGCAUUUCAAGCGCAAAAGUGCUAGUGCCUCUCCAUCGGCUGCGGGCGAGGAGGGUACGGACUCCUCGCUGAUGGAGGCCUUGGAUUCUGCCCAAAACAAUGGGGUUCAAAACUCUCUACAAAAUCGCCAAACGACGAAAAGAAAUCGUGCACCUAGAACACCAAAGCGCAGUAUACCAGGAUUAGGACAAAAGACCACUUCUACUGAAGGAAUCAUUGCUCAAACCAAGAAAUCCCCAGUGUCGCAGCAGUACAUUUUGCAGGAGCCAACUCCUUUAGGGCUCCUCAAGUAUACCCCGAAGUUGGCCCACACCAAAUCGUCUAGGAUGAAUGCGUACGGUGUUCUUACCUUACAAGACAGUGAUUUUCCACUCAAUCGCCAUCUGAACUUGGGUGUUGUGUCGUCCAUAUCCGAUAAGAAGCCGGUCAACGUUUCGCUCAGUCCAGAGACUCCAUCUUUCGGUCACUACACGCCCGCAUCGUCUUUAAUUUGGCGUAAGGAAAAGCUAUUCACGAGCCAUAGUGUUUCUCCCAAUAAACCGUACUUCGAGAGCUCUGUGUCGGGGAAUUACACCUCUCUACCUGCGAAAGUUGAAAAAGAUUUCGAUGCCAUUGCGAAUAACAACAAUAAAAGGAAGACUAAGCUUGUUCAAAAUAGUGAGAUAGUUAGAUUGAGUCUGGAGAGGUCUAGUUUGGAUGCGGCAAGCAAAGACCUGAUUUACAAUGUUUGUUCUGGCCUUAAGCCGGUUUCCGAACUGAAAGCUUGA